AUGUACUUAGGGAAGACGACAUCCCUCGGCGUUUACCGGAAGAAGCUCAAGCAUGUAGCUUCGCCUUUAAAGCAUGCCCUGUGUGAAGAAUUCCGAGCGUGGCUUUCUGCUGUGACCCAGAUCGAGCUGGAGCCCACCGUUGACAUCUCCUGUGCUAAAUACGAAUAUACUGAUGUCUUGCUGUGCCACGAUGACGAGCUGGAAGGUCGGAGGAUUGCUUUCAUCCUGUACCUCGUGCCACCCUGGGAGGAAAGCGACGGGGGAACGCUGGACCUGUAUAGCACAGAUGAACACUUUCAGCCACAGCAAAUCGUCAAGUCGCUAGUGCCUUCGUGGAACACGCUGGUUUUCUUUGAAGUGUCGCCAGUCUCUUUCCACCAGGUGUCAGAAGUUCUGUCUGAGGAGAAGUGCCGCUUGUCAGUGAGCGGCUGGUUUCACGGCCCGUCCACAGUCAGACCUGCACGCCGCAUGGAAGCUCCCUUGCCCAGGAGCCCACACGUCCCCUACGACCAUGAAAUCUUGUAUGAGUGGAUCAAUCUAGUUUAUUUGGACAUGGACUCCCAAGCUCAAAUCCAGGAGGAAUUUGAGGAGCGAUCAGAAAUUCUCCUGAAGGAUUUUCUUAAGAAAGAGAAAUACCAACUACUGUGUGAAGCUUUGGAGAACAAAGACGUCCAGUGGAGUAGGCGGGGGCCCGCUAAUAAAAGACUCUAUGAGACAGCAGAGGAAGACAGCCUCCCUGACAUCCUGAAGAAAUUCCUGCAGUUCUUACGCUCCGAGGCUUUGUUUUUACUGCUUUCCAACUUCACUGGCCUAAAGCUGCACUUCCUGGCUCCCUCUGAUGAGGAUGAAGAUGCUGGGGAAGGAGGAGCAGCAGACGCCGCUGGGCACAGCAGUCCCAAACCUGAGCAGGAAGAGACUGACCACCACGCCGAUAGCAAUCCCCAUCAGCCGGAGCAGCCUGACAACAUCCCUGAAGCACAAGACGGUGAGACGCAGAACGGCUCAGGUGCCCCUGUGUGUGCAGGGGAGCUGAGGCGCUGGACCCACGGGCACUAUACGCUGGUCCACGACACUCAAGCAACAGAAUUUGCUCUCGACCUGCUCUUCUUCUGUGGCUGUGAGGACUGGGAUCCAGAAUAUGGCGGCUUUACUUCCUACAUCGCUAAAGGUGAAGAUGAAGAGCUGCUGACGGUGAACCCAGAGGACAACUGCUUGGCCUUAGUCUAUAGAGACAAAGAAACGAUGAAGUUUGUGAAAUACAUCAAUCAUCGUAGCUUGGCACGCCUGAAAAAGCAUGCGAACAGAACAGGAUUUUGGGAUUUUUCCUUUGUCUAUUACGAGUGAUGGUGUAGAGUGUGACCAUCGUCCCACAGAAAAUGGCGGGGAGCAGGGGGGGAGCAGCUCUCCGCCCGGGAGUUCAGCUGGGGCCUCUCUAAGCCCAGACAAACUUCGCUGACGCUAACUCCAUCACACCGUAUACGAGCUGCUGCCACGUGGGGUCCAGGUGACUUUUUUUAACUGCACGCGUGGAAAUGCAGUCUUCUCCCGCGUCCGCUGUAACGCGCUCUCGCCUGCUUUUAAUGCUACGUGGAGGGGGUGGUCGUCACACGCCUGACAGCUGCUCUGUCAGCUUUCCAGCUGUUCUCUCAUGGAAACAGCACGGUGGGAUGCAUCUCUAAUCUGUCAGGGUGCAAGUUACAACUUUGCGUUGCCCCAAGCUGGUGGCUGAUUUUUAUUUUAAAAAAAUAAAUAAGUAAAAGGAAAUGGGUCAGUUAAAUGCUUCAAACUCCAGCUGGGCAAGUUUUGUUAUGAAAUGCCCAAGACGUUUUCUGGGGCUUAACUGCGUUCACUGUUUGUAGAGGCAGAAAUAAAGGAGCUGCCAUGGGAAAUAAUAGGUUUUUCCAGCUGCACAACUCUCUGGAGUUGGGAAGACGGCGAGGCUGUAAAGCUGCUGGCAUUGAGAAGGACCUGGCACUGCAACAAGGAGCAGGACUUUAUUA